AUGAUUAACUCCAUCAAGACUGAUACCAAUGGCGUGGCCAAUAGACCCUUGGAGAUAUUGGUGGUUGGAGCUGGAAUCGGUGGAUUGACAGCCGCCAUCGCUCUUCGCAAUCAAGGGCACAAUGUUCAGAUUUUUGAGCAAUCCCAGUUAGCAACGGAAACCGGUGCAGCUAUUCACCUGGCUCCUAAUGCCAACGGCCUUCUUCGGCGCUUGGGGAUUUAUGCAGAAACAUUUGGCGCCAAUCCCAUGCAAAAGCUCACCGAAUAUACCUCUGCAGGCGAGACAAUAAGAGAGAUGGAUCUUACAGAGCCGAAUAAGAGGUGGCUGCAUCCAUGGCUGCUUGCCCAUCGGAUUGAUCUUCAUAACAACUUGAAGAAAGUGGCCGAGAAUCCAACCUUGACACAGAAAGGAAUUCCUCUUCACAAAGGCUCUCGUAUCGCUAAAGUCGACGCCGAAAAGGCCAUUAUCACUCUAGAAAAUGGCACAGAGGUUCAGGGUGAUGUCAUCGUGGGUGCCGACGGUGUACAUUCUGUAACUCGUAGUGCUGUUCCAGGAGGUCAGCUUAAAGCUGCUUGUUGCGGAAAGAGUGCCUUCAGGUUCCUCGUCUCCAAACAAGCUGCUUUAGAUGAUCCAGUCACAGCUAAAUUGGUCCAGCAUCCCGGCGAAUUGAGCAUCUGGUACGGUUCUGACCGACGUAUUAUCAUGUAUCCAACAUCCGACAACACAGUAUUGAAUUUUGUUGCAAUCCACCCUGAGGCAGAAACUGCAGAAGACACGGAUAGCAGUUGGGGCCAUCUUGGGAACGUGGAUAAAUUGUUGCACGUCUUCAAGGGAUUCGAUCAGGCUAUCCUUGAUCUCUUUGCUAAGGCCGAUCCCCAGAGUGUUAAGGUCUGGAAGCUGUUGGACAUGGAUGUGAUUCCUCAGUGGCAUCACCACCACCUUGUUUUGAUCGGUGAUGCUGCUCACCCCUUUUUGCCGCAUCAGGGCCAGGGUGGUGGUGCUGCUAUUGAGGAUGCUAUAUCUCUAGCUGUCGUCUUGGGCCCAGAAGUACCACUCGCAGAAGUGACCCAGCGUUUGAAGCUUUACAAUGAUAUACGUCACGAGCGUGCCACUCGCAUCCAAAGCUUUUCACGCAUCAUCGGUGAAGAUCGUACUGAUGACAAAGAGAUUGAUAUGUACGGCUUCACUAAUUUCAACUUUGGACAUGAUGAGUGGGAUAACUCAACCCAGCGCUUGCGUCAAUGGAUCUGGGAGCGGAUUCCUAAUCCAUACUGGCGUAUGCCCAUUGCUUUUGGGCCAAUGCCAGGACCACGACAGACUCAUCUGGGCGUGCCGCGCGACGGCACCAAAUCCACUUUUACAACAGCCUCAAUCAAGUUCAAAACCUCUCGGACAAUACUACAAAACUUAUUUCCACCAGGUCGUAAAGGCUGGCGAUUUACUUCCCCUGGUACAGUUGCUUAUGCUUCUUUCUCACAGACGACAUUGAACAAGAUGGAGUGGCUUGGUGGUUCUGGCUACAAACAUAUUGGCCUAUACGUGCACGGGGUGGAGUAUGUCAAGGACGAUGGCUCCGUCGUGCAGGGCACAUAUCUGCCUAUCCUUUUCGAAUCACUUACCGACCCUAUUGUGUCUGGACGAGAGGAACUUGGUAUGCCCAAAUUAUACACCUCAGUGGAUGUAUACCGACGGGCAAACUCGUAUCGCAUGCGGACCGGAUGGGAGGGUGCGCUUUGGGGAAAAUUCUUGCUCGAGGAUCUUGUCGAGAUUGAUCCAUCAACAACCACUGGAGCUCUGAGCGGAGAAGCCGAUGCAGGUAUUUUGGCGUAUAAGUAUAUACCAAAAAGUGGACGAUCCAACAAAAACAUUGCAGCUGAGGAAUAUACAAUUUUCGAUCCCUUCGCGGAAGCGGUGCCAACGCCGCGGCCGCAGAGGGUUUAUACGACCAAGAAGGCGAGUAUGCAGAUUGAUCCCUUGGACUGGGAGCAGCUUCCUACACUGCAUCAUGUCAUCUCACGGUUAGCAGAAGUGCCUGUGCUCGAGAUCGUACAGGCUAAGCUGGUUGAGGGUGAAGGUGUGCCGGACGUGUCAGGGGCUAGGCCUAUUGAGUGA